AUGGACCAACAUGACACCACAUCGCCCGCGGACGAACCGGAGGGCGCCUAUCUUCGUGGCGUUCGAUUAUUCACAGUUGCAUUGGGAAUCGCCCUCAGUCUCUUCCUCACAGCCCUCGAAGUCAGCAUCGUCAGCACUUCGCUCGUCACCAUCACCAACGACCUGCAAGGCUUCGACCACAGCAGUUGGGUCAUUACGUCCUAUCUUCUGACUUAUACCGGCUUUCUCAUGAUCUGGUCCAAAUGUGGCGACAUCUUUGGCGUCAAACCCUCGCUGCUCGCCUCGCUGUUUGUCUUUAUCGCCUUUUCUGGUGGCUGUGGGGGUGCUCAGACACUGAAUCAACUGAUCAUCUGUCGUGCCUUUCAAGGCGUCGGGGCGGCCGGCGUCUACACCCUCACCCUCUUCUCCUUUGUUCGCAUCGUCCCUCUGGCCAAAUACGACCUGAUCGCUGCCAUUGCGGCUGUCAUUCUCGCUCUGGGCCUCGUUCUGGGUCCGUUAUUCGGUGGUGCGAUCGAUGAAUCCGGUCACUGGCGAUGGGUCUUUCUCCUCAAUCUCCCCGCCGGUGCCUUGGCCUGGGCCCUCCUCUUCAUCGCCAUGCCCAGUCACUUUCCCUACGCCCCAUCCUAUGAAGAAAAGAUCGACUCCUUCUGGCAGAAACAGCGGGCGUUCUUCCGUCGCGUCGACUUUCUCGGUGCGUUCCUCGUCCUGGCCGCAUCGAUGCUGAUCAUCGCCGCGCUGCAAGAGGGCAAUCUCGAUUACCAAUGGUCGUCUGGAGCGAUCAUCACGCUGAUUGCGCUGUCUGGCGUUCUGUGGCUGGUGUUUGUUGCCUGGGAAUGGUUCAUCAGCCAUCGCCAGACGCAGAUUGAACCGAUGCUGCCGUGGCGGAUGGCGAAGAAUCGUAUCUUCCUGGGUGUUGCUCUGUAUGUAGGGUUUCUUUUGACUGGCGCCCCGUUGACCAUCUGCGUGAUUGAACUCCCUCAACGAUAUCAAACGGUCAACCAAAGCUCUGCCAUCGGGGCUGGCGUGAAGCUAUUGGCGUACGCGGUCAGCAAUCCUAUUGGCACCAUCAGCUGUUCGAUCUUGGUCGGACGGCUUAAAGUGCCUUUUGCCUAUGUGAUCUUUGUCGGUGCAGCGUUACAGGCAGUCGGUCUGUUCCUCCUGUCAACCAUUCCCACCACCACCGAUCUCUGGCUGGGCCAGUUUGGAUAUACGGUGCUGGCUGGCCUGGGCGUGGGCAUGUGUGCCGCGGCCUUCUAUAUCAUGGUGCCGAUCGUGGUGGACAAACAAGACCAGUCCAUCUCGCUGGGCACCGGACUGCAGCUGCGGAUGCUGGGCAGUGCACUGGGCGUGUCGAUUGCGACGACCAUCAUGAACAGCCAUUUGAAGAGUUCUCUUCGAUCGGUGUUGUCGUCGAAACAGCUGGAUGCGCUGUUGGAUACGGCCGAGGCGAUUGCGCAGUUGGCACCGGAGAUGCAGGAGACAGUGCGAGUGGCGUAUGCGGAAGCGUAUAACCAGCAGAUGAAGGCCGCGGGAGGAUUCAGUCUGGCGCAGUUGUUGUCGCUGGUGUUGAUGUGGAAGCGAGAGCCCGUGAGGUUGAUCAAGUAGGAUAUAUACAUCUGUAUCUUUCAUAAUUAUUAUGAAGAACACCGCCACAAUGGGGCCAAAUAUAAGAACUAAUAUUAGUUUGACUCGUUAAUAUAAAGACCCAUCAUUUCCAUAGUAAUAAAAAUAAUCAUCAAAAUGCAUCUCAACAACUGGUCCAUCGCCAUUCUGCUCUGCCUGACUGUGAAUGUCAUCAUCUUUGCUGUCCGACCGUUUUAUCUCGCCGUCAAGCCCAUUCCGGCCCAUUCGCAUCCCAUUGCCUCGCUGACUGUAUAUUCUCAUCUUUAUCCAUCUUGAAUCUAUACUAAUUAAUAGAGAGCAAACAAUCUCCUCAUCGCCCACUUCUCCAUCGGCUCUCCCCCUCAGCCC